AUGGUUGUUGGAACAGACGGGUAUAUCCUACUUGUUCUUGGACCAUACCUAGCUGAUGGCAAGGAUAACGAUUCUGCCAUAUUAAACAGUGUUAUCCUAAAUAAUGUUGAUGAAGUUCAAAGCUCGAUUGAGAAAGAGGACUUAUUAGUUGUCGAUAGGGGAUUUCGUGACUCGUUGGAUUUUUUUGAUAAACUGGGGAUAAAACAUGAAAUGCCUGGUUAUUUAUCUCGUAGAUGUAAGCAGCACACAACAGAGGAGGCUAACCACUCUAGAUGUGUUACGAAGGUCAGAUGGGUUGUAGAGUCGGCAAACGGCAGAAUCAAAACAUGGAAAGCACUGGACCAAGUAGUUCCAAACACCCAGGUAAAAUGGAUAGGUGAUUAUGUUAGAAUUGUUAGUGCAAUAGUCAAUGCUUUUCGACCCCCUCUCAUAUCAAACAGUGAUGAUGAUAUUGCUCUUGCCAAUGAAAUGAAACAACUGUCAAGAAAGUCAAAUGAACUUCGAGAAAGGGUUGAAAGAGAAAACCUUUCCAGUAAACGAGCAAUCUGGGUUAAACUUCCAUCUGUUGUGUUUCGCGUGAUGAAUCGGAAAAUAUUUGUGGAAUAUGUGAAGAAAGUCUCAGAAGAAAAACAAGCUUCCAUACAGUCUUUGAAUCUUAACAGUCUCCUCGGAUCGUUUUUAAUUGGAAGAAAGAAAUACAGCUCUGAGGUACCUGAAAUUCUCGCACUUUCUCAGACAAAAAAGAGCAUUCUCGUUUCUAUUCUGAUAUCAGAGAGUUACAGUUUAUCCUUAAGUACAACAUGGGAAGAAAUAUCAAAAAAACUUCAAAGUGCGUUCCCGUUAUUAAAGUGUGAUUCAAAAACAUUAGACAGUGAUAUCACUGAAUUGAAAGAUAUCUCUAAAGUAUUGAAUAAGGAAAACAACUCAGUCAGUUUUAUAUCAGAUGAUGUCCGCCAUCAAGUAAUGAGUUACUUUGUGAGGAAUUGUCUGAUAACUGAUGAGGACUACAAGAAUUAUAUCAAACUGUCAUCAGUGGACUCUUUGUUGGAGUACGUACGGCCGUGGUGGUAUAUGGUAUACAUAGAACUCAAGAAAUGUCUGUUCCUUCCGGAGACUUUGGAGGAUUCAUUCUUUCAAAGACUUGGAUUAGACGUCCUACGUCACCCCAUGAUAAACCGUUUUGAGGAAUGUGAUGAAGAGACAACAAAAACAUUCAGAGAAAAAGUGAAAGACAAAUUUAACGUACCGGAGGAAAUAUUUAACUGGAAAUAUGACGCACGAUAUAGAUACAUAGAAUGUGCUAAACGGGGGACAAAGACAGUACACAGAGCUCGUGCAAUGAUUGUUGGAUGCGCAGGUGCUGGGAAAACCACACUUCUCAAACGACUUGAAAAGCUAGGAUUAGAGGAAUUACUGAAGGUGCGCUCUACUGUUGGACUUGAGGUUCAUGAAGACAUGUUUGAACUGGAUGAGGACUCUUCUUUAAGAGCAUUAUCAGACAGUACAGACAAAAACGACAAGCAGAUUCUGAGUGUGGUAGACUUUGGAGGACAAUGUGCCUACUACGCCAGUCAUCAGGUGUAUCUCAGCAGAAGGGCUUUCUAUCUACUGGUGAUAGACAUGUCAAAAUUUUUUACAGAAAAAGUUGACGAAAAUAAAUGUGAACAACAGGGGACAAUGUUUGCAGACUGGACAUAUGGAG